AUAUUUUGUUUUAUUGUUGUACUUUUUAGUCGCGAUACAUUUUUUAUUUUAUUUUAUUUUAUUUUAUUUUAUUUAGUCUGUGUUGAUUCGGGUAUGUUUGUAUGGAAAUAAAUUUAAGUUAUCUCAAAUGCUUUUAUUUUGAAGGACGGACAUACCAACCGGAAGUACUAUCAUUCACUUCCUGGUCUUUACGUAUAUCCGAGCCGCUAGGAUUUUGCCCACUUUGUUCGUCCUAUAUUUAUAUUUUCUAACCGCCAGGAUGCAGAUUUGCAGCGUGUGCAGCGAACAUCCACCGAAAUACAAAUGUCCAGCCUGCAAAAUAAGAUAUUGUUCGCUUGGCUGUUACAAGAGGCAUAAAGACACUUGCCUUCCUGUUGAGCAGCCUGCACCGUCUGAUCCUGAGACUAAGGAGCCUUUCAGCACUGAAACGUGGACUGUUGAUGAUCUUCUGCAUGAAGAUGACAUCACUGACAAAGUGCCUCUGCAGAAGCUUCAGCUGCUAGGUCAGUCAAAAGAGCUCAGAGAUCUUCUCUGUAACCCCCAUCUGAGACAGUUACUGCGCUCCAUUGACAGCGCGGACAGCAAAGCCGACGCGAUGAAGGCCGCCAUGCAGGAGCCUCUGUUUGUUGAAUUUUCAGACCAGUGUUUGAAAACUGUAGAAAAUGAAGCGUUAACAUCCAGUGAAGCGGGUGAUUUGUAAAAUGGUGCCUGCAUUAAUUUUCUAUCAGAUCACGUUUUCAUAUUUUUGUAUGAAGUUUUGGAAUAGGCAUGUUGUGCAAUUAUUGUUGAUCUAAGUUCCUGUCCCGUGCCUUGUCAUGCUACAAUAUGUAUAUAUAUGUUCAAAUAAAUGCUGAAAUGUUUUAUAUCAGCUCCUGAGUCAACGCUAAAGUUUUUACAGUCUAGUUAAAGAAGUCGCUUGAGAAAAGGCUGAUCAUGUUGACAAAGUUUGAGUUGAAAGGAAAAUGUUGUAACACUGACAUUUAUUUCAACAAAACAUUUAAAUAACAUGUUUCAAGUUGUACAUCAAUCCCGUAGUAUCCCUGACAGAACAGUAUACAGAUUUCAAAUCAGUCAUAAUAACUCAAUGACACAUUUAAGUCAGUCUAAAGCUGGCAAAUGUUAAAUAUUUAGCGAGCAAAUGAAGAUAUGCAGCAAAUCAACAGAGCUGUCCCUGUGGGUAAUGUGUUGGAUCAAAAGCUAAAACAAUAAACAUCAGUGUUGAGUUACAUUAAUACAUUUUUAUGACAUCACUUAUUACAAAGAUAAUAAAAUCCGAUGGCUAUAGUGUUUGUUCUCCCACAGAAAACACUAGUGUCAAAAUACUUUGGUAUGUUUUACAGUACUCGCUUAAUGCUUUGGACUGCAGCAGAUUAAAUCCACACAGGAAGUGGUUUAUUAUAACGACCCUUUAUCAAAACAAAAAGCAGCAACUUAAAUAAACCUGGCUUCAUCAUUUCCCUGUUUCACAUGAGUGUGUCUUCAUGUGUGUCUGUUGCUGUGUGUGAGCAGGUGUGUGGUUUUAAUGUGCAAUAUGUGCUUUACAUGUGCAAUACUUGCUUAAUUUCUUUUUUCCCUCCAGCAUAAAUCACACUCAAAAUUAUGGAAGCCAGUUUUUGCAAAUGUGUUGAAAAAAAUCUUGUGAGUCAAAAAAAUCUUGUGAGUCAUGAUGAGAAACUUAGAAUAAUUAUGAUGUAGUAUCUGAAAAUAAGCAACUCUUUCAUACAGCGUACCAGAAGAAAAUGUUGUCAUUGUACAUUUGUGGCAUCGUAUUAUCCUCCAAACAUGGGUUUUGUUUUUAGGGACUGUUACUGUAUUUCCAGCUGCUUUUUCAGCCCCCAAAUGUGGAUGUUUUUUAGUGACCCAUAGCUGGUUUUCUAGUGGCGUUGCAGCCCCUAAGCGUGAGAGUAUUUUAAGGACCCAUGGCUGUUUCUCCAGCGACAUUUUAGCCCCCAAAUGUGGGUGUAUUUUGAGCCCCCCCUUGCUGUUUUUUUUCCAGAUGCUUUUCAGCCCUCAAAUACAGAUAUUUUUUGGUGACCCACAGCUGGUUUUCUAACAGUGUUUUGGCCCCCAAAUGUGGGGGUAGUUAAGGGACCCAUGGCAGUUUUUCCAGCGGCUUUUCAGCACCCAGCUGUGGGUGUUUUUUGAGCCCCCUGUCGCUGUUUUUCCAGCUGCUUUUCAGCCUUUAAAUGCGCGUGUUUUUCAGUGAACCGAGGCUGGCUUUCCAGCGGUUUUUAGCCCCCAAACGUGGGGGUAUCCUAGGGACCCCUAGCUGUUUUCCCAGCGGCUUUUUAACCCCUAAAUGUGGGUGUUUUUUGGGCCCCCCAUUGCUGUUUUUUCAGCUGCUUUUCAGCGCCCAAAUACAGAUAUUUUUUGGUGACCCAUAGCUGGUUUUCUAGCAAUGUUUUGGCCCCCAAAUGUGGGGGUAGUUUAGGGACCCGUGGCUGUUUUUCCAGCAGCUUUUCAGCGCCCAACUGUGGGAAUUGUGAACAAACUGGCUGUUUUUUGAGCGACAUUUUACCUACCAUCAGGCCUAAAUCAAAAUAUUGAGAAAGUUUAUUUUACAAGACUAAGUCGAAUUUUGAGAUACUUUUUUUUCAUCACAUUGGCAGAAAUGGACUUCCAUACUAAAUAAAUGGUGGAUGUUGUUAUAACAUCUGCAAUCGUAUCUGCAUCUGGCCCAUUUGUUUUUACACCCGAAAUAAGUCUAUAAAAUCACACAUAAAUAAUCACCCUUAAAUAAAUACAUAUACUAACAGCCCAUUUGUGAUUUGAGUGUAGAUUCAGAGAAAGGCACUCGUAGUUUGAUCAACAGUCAGACAUUCGAAAGAGGCAACAAUAAAACAAAAACCUGCAGUCCUCUGUUUAUGAAGGUGCUGAGGCUGUGCAGUGUCAUUUCAGCUCUCCAGACAACACUAAUUUAAAAAAAAAUUUCCAUCUUGAUCUUGUCCUACAGUGACAUCAUUGUUUUCUACAUGUCUACUCUCAGAUGUGGCAGUUUAGUGGUCAGUGUUUCUGGACAGUCUACUGACUGAGAUUUUAGAUUAGAGAUGAUUUUUUUUUUAGUUCAUGGAACCUGAACACCACUAGAGAUGAUUUAUGAUGAGAAGGUCAGGUUCACAUUGUAGUGCAUUAUUACAGAACUCCUCAAGGAUCAUGGAGAGAUUUUUUUUUCCCUUCCCUCACAUUACAUCUUGCAUUCCCUUGCAACAGUUUAUAAGGUGAAAACAGUGGCAGUUGGCAGCAAGGGGAAAGAAAAAGGGAAUGCAAAGAAAUAAUCUCACCAUGACACUUGUAUAUCAUGUUACCUGGCCUCCUCAUAGGUUUAAAUAUUUUGCCAGGGUGCAGGUCUUUGCACCCUUGUAUAACAGAGUGAGAUUAACUUUGGCAUUCUAAGUCGGACCUGAAAAUAAUCACUUCAAACACAAAAUGGCAGCAUAAAACACCAGGUUUGUUCCCUCUGUGUCAGAUUAUGGAAGAGCAGCUGCUUCACUGCAACACCUCGGUGCCA